CGUCCGGUCAGGAAUCUUGUGGACAUAGAGUGAAUAAUUUUUGACAUGAAAGCAAUAAUACAGCGAGUCUCAAAGGCUUCAGUUUCAGAUGCUGACUGACUACUUAGCAUUCAACUGCAUUUAACAAUCAACAAUGGCAACUGUUGAAGAAAAGAAGAUAAGUACACAAAGUAAGGAUGGCACACCAGAAAAACAAAAGAAUCAAAAAGAUGAGAAGGUUGUAGAAUCUGAUGCGGAGAAUACGAAAAACAUAGCCAAAAUAGAUAAAUCAGAAAUAGAUAAAUCAUCCAUUUCUAAAAAUAAUAUAUCCAUUAUUCAACAGUCAUGCGAAACUCAAACAGAUCCAGAGGACACGGAAACCAUGGAACAGCUGAAAAAUCAACUAGGUAUAUUAAUGAACCAAUUGGCUACCUUAUCUGCGGAAAAAUCGAAGAUGGAAGCAAAUUUCCAAAUUGACAAGAAGCAACUAAGAAGUGAGCGGGAUGAAUGUGAAAAAGUAAUUAAAGAUUUAAAAGACAGAUUGAAGAAGGCUCAAAAUGUCAAUUAUUCUGAAAUCGAGCAAGUAAAGUGCAAAUUAAUCAUGGAACGACACGAGAGAGAGAAAGAACAUGGCGAUUUCGUGAAAAAGUUAAAAGAACUGCAGAAACUAUUGUAUGACGAACAACGUAGUAAGGAACAAUUGGAAGGGCAAUUGAAGACACAUCUCGCAAAUAAAACACAAUGCAAAAUUCUCGAAGCUGAGUUGGAAAUCACCAAGACCAAACUUAAACAGGCCGAAGAAGCAGCGAAGGAAACUCCACCGCUUCUUCUUUCCCUACAAUCUGAGAUGGCUGUAAUGAAAAAGCAACACUUAAAUGCGAUUCGAGAAGAGCAAAAAAGAGUCGUCGCCGCAGAACAACAAGCAAGGGGAUCGGUGAUGAUACACGAAGCGAGAGUGGCCGGCUUGGAGGCUAGAUUAGCCGAACUCUCCGAGAUUGUUGGAGGCUACGACAGACUGAGGCAACAGGACCAAUUAGCUAUUCAGAAACUGAAGGAUCAGUUGGCUGCUCUACAGGACACUGAGUAUAAUGAAGCUACGAUGUCGAAUAAUCAGCCGGACGAAAUUAUUUCCAAGAUAAAGACUCUAUAUACUUGCUUGCUGGAUUUCGACAAUAAAAAGAAGGAUUCAGCUUACGUAAAAACAUUGCUCAAUAGUUUGGAUUUGGAAGAUGAACAUCUCGAUUACAAGGAGAAGUACGACACGCUUCUACAAGACUUCGAAGAUUACAAGCAUCAAAUGAAGUGCAAAUAUAACACAUCUAACGUGCACAUGCUCCGUGGUAUUCAACAACAAAGACAAAAUCUGACUCUGUCACAUGAUAAGGAUCAUGACAAGACUCAAUUAAAUCUCCUCAAAGUUCACAACAGCAAUUUGGAAGAAAGAAUACGUAUGAUUAGCAAUGAAAUGUUAAGUAAAGAGCGAGCUUUGCAAGAGCAAUUAGAACAUCAACAGAAGUUAUUUCAGGAAGAACGAUUGAAACUGGAGCACACGUUGCACCAAAAAGACAACGAAUAUCGUCAUAGGAUAUCCACGUUAGAGCAACAACUAUUGCGACAAAGAGAAAGAUCCAUGGCUCUCGUAGAAGAAAAAGAUAAAGAAAUAUUAACUCUAAAAACAUCAUUCCGUGCACUAUUGCCUAAUAAAGAAACCGCGACGGAAAAUAAGACACAUUUGAACAGAUUUGAAAAUACAGUUGAGCCGGUUACUGAUUUAGUGACAGGAUUAUUAACGAACGACAGUCCUCCGAUAUUGCAUUAUACUCAGGAACUGGCCAGGAAAGAGGUACAAAUGUCAUCGUCCAGGAAAAAGAUUCUCGAAUUGGAAGCGACGUUGAGAGAGCAACAGAGAGAAAUGCUCCACAUAAAAGAACAACAACAGGAAGAAGCUAAAGCGUUGAAGGCACAUAUCACUAGGCUGGAAGCGUGCAAAUCGAGGGAAGGUGCUAAUCUGGAAUAUCUGAAGAAUGUAUUUAUAAAUUACUUAACGACGAAUGAUGCAUCCAGCAAGCGGCAUAUGUUAAAUGCUAUUUCAACAGUAUUGCGUUUUACACCAGACGAGCUUAGUAAAAUUAAACAUUAAUAACGGAUAUUUUUACUAUCUGUAUAUUUCUUACAUAGAAAAAUAAAUACACGAG